UGAUACUCAACAGCUUUACACCGUGUUUUGGAGCACAAAUAAUAUCAACAUAUUUUUAAAGCUACUAUAAGUAGUUUUAUUGACGUCAGUGAAAUAGACUGAAAUUCAUAUUGAUGCCUUUUUGUGAUAUCCAAAAACAAACAAGACCACCAGGGGCAAGACUGACAAUUUGUAUAUUGAAGUUUAUUGAUACCCCCUCAAGAGAUGACUGUUGCCAACCACUUGCUUCCCUAGUUAUACCAACUUUAGUAACGACCACACAAUAGCAAUACACAGCAGUCUGAGGAGCGAUAAACAAACCUCAACCAAAGCGCCACUCUAUAGCCACAAAUAAUGCUCAGAACAGCAACUAACUUCAUCAACAGUACAUAUAGGGUCACAGCCACACCACUAGCCACUAAACAUCCUUUUAACGUAGCCUAAUUUCCUAAGAAGAGACUAAACACAACUCACCUACUCUCUUCCAGCAGACGCUUGUUUGUAGCGAGACCUCAGGCCAGUCCAUUAUGGACUACAACGGGGUGACACAAUAAAAUCCAAAGACAUUUUACAUAGCACCACUACAACUUUUUUCUUCAAAUGCCUUAUUCUCGUCCACUUUUUUCAUCCUGCUGACUUUUUUGACAGUCAGAUCUUUUAUUGUGAAUUUUUAAUGUGGAAAUUUUAAGAUCAGGGCCCUUUUUAAAGAAACUCUACUGACACUCACCCCCUCACAUCGAUUUCAAACAUUAAAAACUAUCAUACUCAACCAAUCUCGUUUCUAGUGGUUUCAUUUGCAUCUAGAUAUCAUCAAGAUGCAUCAAUAUGAAAUUCAGUCUAUUUCAACCCCUUUUUUUCAUAUUUGGGAGUAUUGAUUACUGGGUAUCUUCAGGGCCGCUGUUGGUAAGGUCAACACUUCUAUAGGAUAGGAUCUCAAUAUUAGGAGCACAGCUUGUUUAUCCAACAAUAAGCUGCUCUUCCAGCUUCCCCUCACACAUUUCCUCUGUCCUGGAGAGGGCUUGAGGGGAGGAAAGCGUUGGUGGGGGAAGUCUGAAGUUUUACCCCUGGACAGCCAGGCACGUACCGUGUCUCCCCGAGGGUCCCCAUAUAUAUUUUCUCAGUGUGGCACAAAAACACACGAUGCUUUCCUGCCAUUACUCUGCUCAGAGCUAUGGGGGUUUACAAAAACUAAUAGGCCACUAAAAAUACCUGGAGCCCGGGGCCCUGAGCCAGAGCCUUUCCUGCACUGCUUCCAGUGUGCGCGUGGGCCAUUGAGGAAAGAGGAAACGAGCAGCUCUGGUUGUACGGGGGCUUCCUGCGCGACAUUAUAAAGAGUCCCCUCCCUCCAGGCUCCCCUCACAGCAGAAACAGAGGAGGUUGUGGAUGAGUGUCCACUUCACGACUCUGUAGACUGAGCCGAGGAGGUUUGAAGGCAGCGUGGUGAACGUCGAUCUCGUCCCUGCUGGUCGGGGUGAGUUGGAAGAGGAUUUUCAAAAUAUUUUCUAAUUUUUAUGCUAAAAUUAAGAUAAAUUUUUGUCAAAAUUAGUUUUUCUUGAAUGGUCGUGUCUUUACGUUUUCGUGUAACCUGCUCAAAAAUGUUUAACAGGCUGUUUAGUAAGUUGAAUUGUAUUUUCUGAUUCCCUUAGAGUCAAAAUAAUGAAUGUGAAUGUCUUUUCUGCGUGCAGGUACGAGUAGGGAGCUGGUCUCACCUAACAGAAGUGUCUGGGACACUCCUGUUUAUUUAUUCUACCAGUUACACAUAAGUGAGUCAUUACUGUGUAUCACCAUGAAAUAUCAGUGUGUUCAUUGACGCCUGGAUGUUUCAUUCAUUCAUUCUUAUCCUCUCAUCCUUCAGAUUCAGAUGAUGGAAGUAAUGAAGGGAAACCGCACGGACCAAGUGCAGGAGAAGAGGUCUGCCGCCCCAGUGGAGGGAUACGUCAAGGAGUUCACCCGCCACUCCCAUGACGUGCUGCUCAACCUGAACGAACUCCGGCACCGCAACAUCCUGACUGACACCACCCUGGUCGUGGGGAGUGUACAUCUGCAGGCCCACUGUGCUGUGCUGGUGGCCUGCAGGUUGGUGGAAUGCAAACGCAUACAUAUUGACAGAAAAUAGUCCCUAUUGAGAAGACUUACUCUAUAAUAUUGUAUCUUCCGUUUCUGUUUUUUUUUCUCAUGUUUAAAUCACAGUAAUUGAUUGAGAAAUUCUCUCUCUUUCCAGUGGCUUCUUCUACUCCCUGUACUCCCGCCGUGUGCUUCUUCAGGGGCGUGGUGGCUGCGGGGAGCAAAUCAUGACCGUAUCCCUCCCUGACACCUUGGACCCCUCCAGCGUCUCUCUGCUGCUCGACUUCAUGUACACCUCACACCUCCCCCUGACUCCAAGCACCGUCCCCGGGGUGCUCUCUGUGGCAACCUACCUGCAGAUGGACCACGUGGCUGAUACCUGCAGGGACUUCAUGCAGCUGCACUGGUGAGAGACUGCUGGAAGAAACACAAAACAGAAAUGCAGAGUUGAUUUGUGCAGUUUUAUAUAAAAGUGACUGUUUUUUAGCAGGGAGAAUUUGAGUGCAAGACACCCACAACUGGAGCUGGACUCCAGGGUGUCUGUCGCCUCUGUCGCCCCCAAAGGAGGGGACCUGCCCAAUCCAAGUCCCCAGAGAUUCCUCCCAUCAGCAGCAGCAUCAAGGUAUGAGCGAUUUUGUUUCUGAGGCUGCUCCUGCCCUGCUUUGAGUGUUUGUUUAGCUCAUUACAGAACUUCCUGUGUUUCUUCUACAGGGUCCCUGCGGAUGCCGGGGGCUCUCUGAAGCCAGGGGCUUUCCCACCCUGCCAGCCUGGGUCAAACACUCUGAAAGGAGAGCCUGAGUCUCCUAUCGUGGGCACCCCGACUCCGUCUCCAGACAGCCCCGCCCGCUCUAGCUGCCAGCCAAGCUCCCCUGCAGAAUCCAAGACCUGCAACAAGAACCUUCUGGUGAGUCCUAAACAGAUUAAGGUGUUUUAAAAAAUGAGCUGAUCAAAUUAAUAAAUAUUAUUUCAUUUGAACUCAUGAAAUUAACAGGAGGUGUUCACUUUUGCAGAAUGAUAUGAAAGCCUCACCAGACCCAAAGGCUUGCAAUUGGAAGAAAUACAAGUACAUCGUCCUCAACCCACUCUGUGCAUCCACCUCAGUGAAGGAAGAGGAGGAGGAGGAAGCACAGAGUCAAACACCCCCUAAAACUGCAUCAGCAGAGGCGUGGUCUGGAGAAGUGCCUGGUCAGAUUGAUAGGUAAAGGAAUGAUGAAUAUGAGGUUAAACUGUCUUGUGUGUGUUUGCUGCUGUACUAAUAAGACUCUUGUUUCAUUAGACAGGGGCAGGCCUCCUGCUACGAGGGUUCUGGCCGAGCCCCUCCCCUCGGGCCACUCCCCUCUGUGCCUCCCCCUCAGAAUGAAGGAACAGGUAUGAACCAAACCUCUUUUACAUUUUUGUCGAUUUACUUUACAAUAACUUUACACUUUAUUAAAACUAUUUUGCGUGUUUCUUCAGUCUCCCCAUGCACCGCUUUCCCAAACCUGCACCCCGCUGAUCCUGAAGCCGCUCGCCACAGCCAACAUGCAAUCAAGCGUGAGAACUACUACAUUCCUUACUCUUAUUCUGGGAACCUCCAGACGACCAAAACUGUUUGCUCAGGUAAUGCUUCAAAAACACUCUUACAGUCCUCCUCCUUUGAUUAAAACUGGCCUCUGACGCUGAUGUUUUCUCUCUGCAGGUGAUAAGCCGUACCGCUGCAACGUGUGUGGCGCCCAGUUCAACAGGCCGGCCAACCUGAAGACUCACUCCAGGAUUCACUCAGGAGAGAAACCGUACCGCUGUGACACCUGCGGAGCUCGGUUUGUGCAGGUGAGAGUUAGCCUGAAGGAUUAUUAAAGUGCGCGUUUAGAUGAAGCAAGUAUGAGUUUAAAGAGCGCCCUUUAACCGGGUCACUUUGUUGAUGUUAGGUGGCCCACCUGAGAGCCCACGUCCUGAUCCACACCGGGGAGAAACCGUACCCCUGCCACACCUGUGGGACCCGUUUCCGCCACCUGCAGACCCUGAAAAGCCACCUGCGCAUCCACACCGGAGAGAAGCCGUACACUGUGAGUUACUAACCAAUGAAAAUGCAGCAUCUGACACCUUUUAAAAACUGUAACUGUGUUUAAUGAGUCGACCAUUUGUGCUUUUUAUUUUCAGUGUGAGAAGUGCGACCUCCACUUCCGUCACAAGAGUCAGCUGCGUCUGCACCUGAGGCAGAAACAUGGAGCUGUCACCAACACCAAGAUCCGCUACAAGAUCUUAACCGAGCCCUUUCAGGCUCUGCUGCAGGCCUGCUGAGGAGGCUGGUUUUUGACCUUCAAAUCAGCAAAAUACCCAAGAAGGAAAAUGUGAAAUUUGGUGAAUGAUUACCUAAAGUGUGGGUGUGAGGGGGUUUCAGGUUAAUGUACAAGGUAAAUCAGACAAGCAAGACGACCAGCAAGGGACUGUUUGGAGUAAAAGAAGCGCAUUUACAAAGAAAAAAACAAACUUUACCAUCAAUGUGUUUGGUUUUUGGAGUUUAAAGUAAGAUAUUUAUGAGAUUUAAGUUAAAAUUUAGAGUUCUGGGUGGCUUUUCUGAGAAGAUGAAGAAGGUUAAGUGUUUGUGAAGGUUUGUGAAGAGACAGAAAGAAGGGAGGAAGUCGUGUAGAAGAGGGCAACUAAUUUUGGGGUGUGUUUACACUGAGAGUUGAGGAUGUAAGUGAAAGUUCAAACAAAAGGAAAAGCAAGUUUGAUGAAGGCGAGGUGGUGGAUUUAGGAGUUUCUGCAGUUAUCUUCUUAAAUGUGUAUUUAACUCAUAUUUAAUUUAACCUUGAGGCCUGGGGCCUGUGUGCUUUUUAGAAAAAGUUUAAAGUAAAUUUUCUUAUAAAGUCCAGGCAGGCAAAGGACUCAGCUGUCUUAUAGUUAAGUUGAUAUGAUGAAGGAUUUUUAGUUUUCUGGGACGAGUUAUUAAAUUAAGAUGACUGUAAGCAAUUGGAUUUUUGAUAAUGACUUUACAUCUGUAGCAAUUUGCUGGACAAAGAUGAUUUUGUACAAUUUAAUUAAACCUUUUUGUAUCAAUUUGA